UUUAAGAUCGUGUAGUCCAGGUGUACUUGCACUCGCUGGCAACUUCAGCAUACGAUGGCUUGUUAUACGAUGUUUAGCCUGGUUUUCUUCUGCAUUAUUUCUACAAGUACGUCAACUGAUGAAGCCAGCCCCCUUAACACCACAUACAUUCGAAAACUGAUUAUCACAUCACAUCAAGAAAGUCUUCAAAUGAUGGAUGAAAGUGUCUUCCUGAAAAGACAAAGACGAAGCUCACCCUUGUCCUCCACUCACGGCUUUACAUUCCGUCGACAAACCGAGACAGAAACCUUGGAGGCAGGACACGCUGCUGAGGUUUUUCAAACAACUCUGCAAGUCUUGAAGGAAAAAGUGAAGCAGAGAUAUAAAAGGGAUAUUGCAGCAGCAGGUUUGCUUUCGUGGGAGCAUGUGGAACUUAUUGCAGAGCUGUCAAGAUGUCCACCUCCAACACAUCCAGGCAUCUGCCAACACAGUCACACCAGCAAGUACCGCUCCAUAUCUGGCAUCUGCAACAACAGGUUCAAUCCUCUUUGGGGAGCAGCCAACAUCGCCUUGCUCAGGUGGCUUCCAGCUCAGUACGAAGAUCAAGUACGACAACCCAAAGGCUGGAACAGAGGUCGUCUGUAUAAUGAAUUCCAGCUUCCCACGUCAUGGGAGGUGAGCAAGAAGAUAAUGAAGACCAUGUUUAAGGCUAAAGACGACGCCUACUCUCAUAUGCUGGUGGAGUGGGGCCAGUAUAUUGAUCACGACAUGACUUUCACCCCUCAAAGUCCUGGGAAACUAACAUUUUCACCUGAAGCUGACUGCCUGAGUACCUGUAAAAAUGUGCCUCCUUGCUUUCCCAUCCAGACAGAUGAUAUGCUGUCAAGUCCACAAAGCUGCUUGCCUUUCAAUCGCUCUUUACCAGCCUGCUUCACCAGCUUUGGGUCUGACAUCAGUCAAGCUUUGCAACAGCAACAGAUGAAUGCAAUCACGUCUUUCAUUGACGCUUCAUCCGUGUAUGGCUCCAGUCCAAGAGUGAACAACUUUCUCAGAGAUCUCGCCGGACGUGAGGGCAAACUGACUGUUAAUAAGUACUUUAAGGACAUCAAGGGAAGACCAUACCUUCCUUUUAAAGAAUCAAAGUCAUCAGCCUGCCUCCAUGCUGCUGGUGAAGCAAAAGUGCCGUGUUUCAGUGCCGGAGACAGUCGAGUCAACGAGGGCCUACCUUUGACCUGUUUGCAUACGCUGUGGCUGAGGCAACACAACCAAAUUGCUGAGACACUUAAAUGGCUCAAUGGUCACUGGAACCCAGAGAUGAUAUAUCAAGAAACGCGCAAGAUUAUUGGGGCUCUGCACCAGAUUAUCACCCUGAGAGAUUACAUUCCAAAAAUAAUUGGUAAAGAGUUUUUUGACAACUACCUUGGGCCUUACAGAGGAUAUGACCCAACUGUGAACCCAUCUGCUUCAAAUGUUUUUGCUACUGCUGCAUUCCGGUUCGGCCAUGGGACCGUCCCUUCGGUCAUCAGGAGACUCAAUGAGCGCUACCAGGAAAAUGAACACUUUCCAAACUUGAUGCUGCAUGAUACCUUAUUCACUUCAUGGAGAAUAUUCAAUGAAGGAGGAAUUGAACCAAUCCUGAGAGGUACAAUUGGAACAGAAGCAGCAGCCAGCAGUGCAAACACUCUGGUGCAAGAGGAGGCGACAGAGAGGCUGGUUGUCAUAAAUAUUCAACAACCCAUGGACUUGGCCUCACUGAACCUGCAGAGAGGACGAGAUCACGGUCUCCCAGGAUACAAUGACUGGAGAGAGUUUUGUGGACUAAAGCGCAUUCAGACACUUGAAGACUUUACACACGUUGUAAGAGAUGUUAAUGUUGCUGGGAGAAUCCUUCAACUAUACAAACACCCCAACAACAUUGAUGUAUGGUUGGGAGGACUUGUUGAGACCUUUCUACCAGGCGCAAGAGUUGGUCCUGUCUUUGCCUGCCUCAUUGGAAAGCAGAUGAAAGCUCUUCGUGAUGGUGACAGGUUUUGGUGGGAGACAGACGGUCUGUUCAACCAACAGCAGCGUGAUGAACUUUUAAAGGUUUCGCUGUCGAAGAUCAUCUGUGACAAUAGUGACAUCACAGAAGUCCAUCCUGAUGCAUUCAUAUUUGAGAAGUACCCCUCAGGUUAUGUCUCAUGUCACGAUUUACCGGCGAUUAACUUGGGGGCGUGGAAAGAGGAAAAAAGUCAAGAUUUGAAAAGCUGUGGCUCUCCGGGACAGAUCAAGAAUGGGGAUUACGUGCUGUCGGCGAUGCCUGGCAAAUUGGUGGCUCUGUACUCCUGUUAUUAUGGCUUUAAAUUAAUGGGUGCUGCUGUGAUUUCUUGUGAGGGACAUCAGUGGAGCGACAAACCUCCACAGUGUGAUGGUAACCCUCAGUGAAGUGGAGCCAGCGAAGCUGACCCAUGGGAAUGCUGCAGUGUUUUGUUUUCAUGAAUGGGGUGUAUUCUGAAUGAUGAAAUAAGAGACUUUUAAAAAAUCUAACUGGGUUUGAAGGGUUUUAUUUAAUAUUAGCUGUUACAUGACAUUUCCAGUCAGACUCAGUAUUCUAUUUUAGCAUCAGAAAUAUGUUUUAUGUGUUCCACUUGGUCUGUAGUAUAUCUGUCAUCAUUUUACGUAAAGCACAAAUGGGUCUGAGUUGCUAUGGGUUAAACAUGUAUUUUAGUUAUCUUUUAUCUUGUGAGUGUAUAUAAAUAAAAAGACAUGAGAUGAAAAAGUUCUGUUCAUUUUUAGGAUUAUUUGGUGUGUUUGGUGGGGAGUUCAUGUGUAAUUAAAUGUCCAUACAGUACAUAGCAAUUCUACCAUUUUUAAGAAGAAAGUAGUCACACAUAUUGGUUCUUAAAUCAUGUUUAUUCACAAUCAUUUUUAAUCAUUUUAUAUUUUCACAUUAUAUUGGUAUAUACAGUGGUGUGAAAAAGUGUUUGCCACCUUCCUGGUUUCUUAUUUUUUUGCAUGUUUGUCACACUUAAAUGUUUCAGAUCAUUUGAUCAUUCAGAUCAUUUGAGUGUGCUUUGAGAGCAUUGGAGGUGGAAAAGCGCGAAACAGGUGAAAACGAACUUCAUACCAACAGUAAAAUAUGGUGGUGGUAGUGUGAUGGUCUGGUGCUGUUUUGCUGCUUCAGGACCUGGAAGACUUGCUGUUACAAACGGAACCAUGAAUUCUGCUGUCUACCAAAAAAUCCUGAAGGUGAAUGUUCUGUCCAUGACCUAAAGCUGAGACGAACUUGAGUUUGGAGCAGACAAUGAUCCAAAACACACCAGCAAGUCCCCCUUUGAAUGGCUCAAGAAAAACAAAAUUAAGUUUUUGGAGUGGCCUAGUCAAAGUCCUGACCCGAGUCCUAUCGAGAUGCUGUGGCAUGACCUUUAAAAGGCGCUUCAUGCUCAAAAACCCUCCAAUGUGGCUGAAUUACAACACUUCUGCGCUGUAAGAGACUCAUUGCAAGUUAUCGCAAACACUUGAUUGCAGUUGUUGCUGCUAAGGGGGGCCCAUCAAGUUAUUAGGUUUAGGGAGCAAUCACUUUUUCACACACUUUUUCUUAAUAAUAAAAAGGGCCAUUUAAAAAUUGCAUUUUGUGUUCAGUUGUGUUGUCAUUGACUCAUUCUUAAAUGUGUUUGAUCUGAUCUGAAACAUUUAAGUGUGACAAACAUGCAAAAAAAGAAAUCAGGAAGGGGCAAACACUUUUUCACACCACUCUUAUGAGCAAUGAGAAAAGUACAAAUACACACUGAAGCCUUAGAUUGAAGAAAAAAAAAGAAAAUCAACAAUACAACAUACGCAGACACCUUCCAAACAUCCAUCCAUCCAUUUUCUAUGCCACGUGACCUUCCAAACAUGGCCAUAAAAAAUGUUUAAGACGCCCGAAAUUAGUUUGGAAGGUUUUGACUUUGGGGCAACAAGUACAGAAAGCAAAACAGUCCCGCUUUCUUUUACCCUUAAUGCGAACAAAAAUCACGCUUUGUCUUGCUUUUCUUCUCACAUCAUGGGACUUCUUUUUAGUUGCACAUUGAAAUGUACAUCCACUGUAAAAUAGAAAUAGAUAAUCAAACUGUGUUCACACAUUAAAAUGGAGUCGGUCCAAACUUUUUCCAUACAGAAAGGUUAAAGGAUGCUGGGGGCCACUUUGAUGCAUUUGUAUAUUAAAGAUGUUAGAACAAACCCAAUGUGGGUCAAUAUAUGCCAAACUAUCUGAACAAAACGUCAACCUCUGUGAUAUACUGGAGCUGGCAAAUCAGAUCUGCUCUUAUGGCAAUGUCUCACAAUAUAUCUUAUUAACAAUGAAUCUCUUUUGUUUACAACAUGCUGAGGACCAAUGAAAAACAAGCUGCCGGCCAAAAAUGGCCCAGCCGCAUUUUGGAAACCCCUGCAUUAAAUACAUAGAUGUAAUGGUACGUGGUCGUCAGGGUGUUUUAUACCUCGGAUUCACGAAGCGUCACGGUCAUUCCGUCAGAAAAGCGGUUGAAGAUAUCUGAUGAGCAGAUUGACAAUGAGAAAGUUGAGAGUAAGACACAAGGUGUCACAUGCAAUGACAGAAAUCAAAACUCACUUUUUCCAGCGUGAUUCCUUGAAUUUUGCAGCUCUAAAAUGACUACAUGGGUGUUGCCUGCUACGCGACUAAUUUUGCACAAAUACUGUAUAAUAACGACAUUGACAUUGUCAGAGUUAGAUUGCGUUAUUAACCGGGCAAUUUGUGUAUGGCUGCGGUACAAAUUUGCGGUGGUGAUCAGCAUGAAAUACUAUAUACCAGGGGUUACCAACACAGUGCCCGCAGACACCAGGUAGCCCCCCAUGACCACACGAGGCACCCGCAAGCCUGCUUUUCAUUCAGGUUUUCAGUUAAUAAUGUGAGAACCCUGAAAGAAAUGCAUUCUGAAAUACAAAAUGGGAGUUGUGGAUGCCAGCAUUUUGUUAAUGUUCUGGUAAAACAAGGAUAUUCAGUUUGUUUGGGUUAAAAUAUGCUAUGACAAUAAAUGUUACAAAAAUGAGUAGCUCUCGGCCAUUUUCAUUUUGUAAAAGUAGCUUUCACAAGAAAAAACAUUGGAGACCGCUGCUGUAUACUAUACUACAGACCAGUGGCUCCCAAAGUUUUUACAGUCGUGUACCCCUUCAGACAUUUGAUCUGACUCCGUGUACCCUCUACUUCCGGGUCAAAAAUGUAUAUUUUGCAUGGUGACAUUUUGCUAGUUUCACAUGAGCACUGAUAAAUAGAUAAGUAAUCAUCCUACAUAUCUUUUAUUCCGGUUUAAUGUUGGCAUCGUUCCUUUGAAUGGGUUGAAUUUGAGCUUCACUCUUUUUGUCCACUCCACGAUGGCUUUAGUUUAAGUCUGCAUAUUAAUUUAAUACAAAAUUGAAAUGGAAAGUGUAACAAUCACGAUAAAGCAGUAUCUUACUUAUUUGGUCAUAUAAUGCACAGAGAGCAAUGAACAGCUUUAUGCUUUGUCUCGUUUUUGCUCCGUUCUCCUUGCGUCAUGAGGCACACUCAUAAUUGUGAGUGUUAAGACCUAUUUGUUUUUAAUUUUUAUUCACGUACCCCCUAUGACCAUUAAUGUACCGCUGGGGGUACGCGUGCCCCACUUUGGGAACUGAGGCUACAGACAGUAGAUUCUGCUCCAGGUGUCAUGAUUUGCACUCUGCUUAAUCUGCUGCCCUCUGCUGUCUCGUUGCAACUCAGCAGAGGAAUCCUCUCUCCUGCUCAGCUGGUUUGUGCAGCUGCACCCAAUCUGUAAUCAAGGCCUACUUAAUCCAUGCUGUCUAGCCAGUUCCUUGCCAGAUUGUUGUGCCUGAUUGUCCUUUGCCUGUGUUGUGCAUGUUCUGUCCCCUCAUGACACGUUUGCUAGUGAUUCUUUGUGCCGUUGUUCGUUGCUGCUAAUUAUCACCUAUAAGUUGUUGAGCCUUUUUAGAAUCUUUCCUUAUUCGCCACUUUGUCCUUUUGUUUGUACUUUAUUAGCUGACCUUUUCACCGGCGUCCUUUGUUGUGUACUUUGCUUUUUCUCCUUUGUGAGCUCCUUUUGCUGUAAUUAAAAUGCCUUUUUGACACCAUGCUGUUUGUCUUUGCUCCGGGGUCUACAAACUCCUGGCACACGUGCCCGCACCCGCGAAUGGUGAACAUUUGCAAGUAAUUGGGGCGGCAGUGGCUCAGGAGGUAGAGCAGGUUGGUGGUUUGAUCCUCGCUCACUCCACCCAGUCACUGUUUUGUGUGCCUGGGCAAGACACUUCACCCACUUUGCCUCCAGUGCUGCCCACACUGGUGUAUGAAUGUUUGGUGGUGGUCAGAGAGGCUGUAGGCGCGUUUCCGUCAGACUACCCCAGGGCAGCUGCAGCUACAAAUGUAGAUUGCCACCAUCAGUGUGUGACUGAGGAGUGAAUAACGGGUUCACUUCAUUGUGAAGCGCUUUGAGUGCCUUGAAAAGCACUAUAAAAUCUAAUCCAUGAUUAUUAUUUGAGGCCAUGUCCACACGAAUGCGGACAUUUUCAAAAUUUGCCCCUUCCCGGUGUAAAAAAAAAAAUCUCCAGCCACACAUUGGCGUUUUAUUUGUGUCCACACGAAUACUCAUUCACCGGCUGUCAUGCGCAUGCCAAAACAAUGGCGGUGCUGCAGCCAUGGACUGUUAAGGCAAUUUUAGCCAAUCAGAAGCGUUUAUUAUGUAAUUUCCAUCACGCCAAAAAGUCAGUUCAGAAUGUUUAAAACCAGUAAUGUAACGUUUGCAAUUGCACACAUUAAGUUAUACAUAUCCAGUGGGGAAAUGACGGCACAUACCUGUUACGUCAUCUGUCGGCAACAAGCCAAAAGCUUCGUCUUUGCCGUCCACACACCUAACCUGAAGCCGGAAUUUUCCAAAAGCUAUGUUUUUAAGGACAAAAUCCUACAUUUGUUUUUGGACGAGAGGUCAAAACGCAUACAAAAAUAUGCCUUUUUACAAAAUCCGUAUUUGUGUGGACAUACGUUGAGAUGCCAAUACAAAUGGUUAUUGGCCCUGCUAGUUUGACAUUAACGCUCUCCUCUGAUUUUGGAUCAACAUUUACAAUAAAAGUAACAACACAAUCCAGGUUUAAGGCCCUAAAUAUGUCUCACACACUUAUUAAACACAUUUAAUAAGUGUAUUUAAUACAAAUAUAAAAUAUAUAAGUACUCACCACUAAUUAAUCAUUUGAAGUUGGUGCCUCUGUAGCCAAAACGCCAAAAACGUUUGCGUAUCACAGCACACAACAAUGCUGAAUUACGAAUGUAUGGGGGUUCACUGUAAUAUUAUGUUGUUUGGUGGAAUACACCUCUAAAGACAUAUUUUUUUUUCAGUCAAACUUGACAAAGGUGAUAACACUUCCAAUCCAUUUAUCAUGCUUGAUAUUUCCUAUUUUUUAAAGUAAUUCAUGUUCAUUAUUUUUGAGGGCCAAUUGUUGAAUAGACUUUUUUGCGACUUUAUUGUAUUGUAAACAAUUUUGGGCUUAUAUAGCUCAUAAGUGUUUAAUUUAAGAGCUCUGGCAACUUCCAUGGUUUUCUUGAUGACAACCAAAAUCACUUAAGUUCUUACAUGAAUAGCUGUAGCGUUGUACUGCCAAAAAAUUUAACACUUCAGAGCUAUUUUUGUUGUCAUUGUUAUAUUUGUCCAAACAAAGAUACCUUUAGUUGUAUCAGGCAUUAAAAUGAACAAGAAACUGAAGAAACAAGGGUGGUCUAAUAGUUUUUUCCAUGACUGUAGUUCUCAUUUGAUGUACUAGGAGUAUUGAGCUAAAAUCGACCUACUUUUCAUGAAGCCAAGCCGAAGAGACAGACUGAUGAAGCUCUCCAGUGUUACAUGUCCAGAAGGAGUCCCGUAGCGCAAAAGCAGCAUAUUUAACAUGUCAUCAUUCACCCUUGUUCCUGAAAAGACACAAGAAUAACUGCAUAAAUUAAAGUACUAUGUGUCCGGACUGCAUUAACUCAAACGAUAGGGCUGUCAAAUGAUUAAAAAUGAUUAAUCAGAUUAAUCAUGGGUUUCAAAUUAAUUAAUCAUGAUUAAUCACCAUGACACACUGUUACCUUAUAUUACAUUAUCAUAUUACCUUGUCAUUUCCCUACGUGUUUUAAACUAGCAAAGAGUACAUUUGGUAUACAGGAAGUGAACAAACGGAUGGGAGGUACGAUUAAAUAAGCUUUGCUUCUUCCUACUCUUUUUUUUUUGGACAUGUAGAACUGUAUUCCAAUGUAACUUGUAUGUAUGCUCAAAAUAAAUUAAACCAUUACCAUUAUCAUGUCUGAAACAUGGCCAUUUUUACUGUAUUCUAUUGAUAGAAAGAUAAAUGACAGAACAGAAUUAUAUAUAUUUGUAUGUAUUAAUAGCAGCAAAUUAACUGAAAGUUAAAAUCAAGUUAAGGAUGUCUUAAAAUGUAUUUAUCAAACACUGGUUUCUUUAAUAGCAGAAUAUUUGAAUCAGACUUUUAACUGUGUUAUUAUGAUCAGUGAGAGUAAUUUAACUUGAAUUAACGUUUUGAACAAAUUUUAUGGGAUUUCCCAGCAUAUUUAAAUGCAGCAAAUUGUACUUCCGCAUUAGGAGCUACUAAGUGAGUGAUAAGAAUAUCCACCUAUUAAUUUUCUAUGCAUUUCUGUUUAUUUAGACCACCCAUGCAUAAUAAAGACGUUGUUGUGAUGUUCCAAGUGUCCAUGAAUGCAUCUCGGGGUCUGUCUGGUGACAAUGAGGAAGUGUCGUCGCAAUGAGGAACGGACUAGAGACGUGUUUGUUGGGAGUAGGAGAAACGUAUAUGGUGAUGGAAUUGCGCUGCUGUAGAUGUGUUCAGGCACCAGCAACCCAAUGAGAAUGAGCCCUUGACCCACCAGUUGAGACUCACUGGCACAGAGCAUUCAAAUUUCAUUUUUUAAGGAUGUUGGCACUUCUACUAAGAAGACAUUGGUCCUACCGAUCACUCCAGUCUCCAUUCCAUUCUCCUUUGCCCCAGGGGUUCAACAAUCGCACCAGAGAAGCCACAGCAGUAGUUCACCUGUCUGACCCCCGUGAUGGUGUAGGCGUGGCCUUCGACCAAUCCAUUCGGCAAAACAGUGUUGGCGGAUGUCUUCUACAAGUCAUAGCAAGCAUGUAUUAGCAGCUCGUCAGCUACAACUUGGAGAUGAUUGCUUCAGCCAGCCAUCAACAGUGGAACCGGUUUAAGUCAACCUCGCUUAUGUCAACAACCCAUCUAAGUCAACCAACUCAUCGAGUCCUGAUCCACCGUGUUGUCAAUAAAAAGCAACAUCCUGUUAAACAGGCUCGAACCCGCAUACACACACACCCACUGAUUCAAAGUCGAGCGCAUUAACCGCUGACAAUGAUUAACGAUGUAUUAACAGCACACAUUCAACUUCGUGACCAGCACAGCUCUUAAAGGAAAACUUCACUUUAUUGUGGAUGCCCAUCAUCCACAAUCCUUAUGUGAGACAUGAGCACACGCCUUUCUCUUUUCUGUGCAUUCUAAAGACAUAAAUGGGAUUAACAAUGUUACUGGCGCACCUCACUGGCUAGCUACUAGCCAGCUAACGACUAGCUUCACCACACACUUGCUCACAGCGCAUCAGCGGUGUGUUCACAUCUCGUGCCACUACCAAAAGGUAACACUACAUAUUAGCUUUACACUGUGCCUUUUUUCUCUAUUUGUUCAAUUUUUGCUGUUUUUAUAUUUAAUUUUAUGUGCCAGGUAUCAUGUUUUGCAGUAAUAUGAUUUAGUGUUAGUCCAGCAUACAGGGACACGGUAGCAGGUGUGAUCAAUAAAGUCUUUCAUUAAUGGUGAAUGCCACGCAGCAAAACGUAAAAUACAAAGUGCAAAAUAACAAAAAGACAAGGUACCUAUAAACUAACAAAAGGUGGUUUGAGGGGGAAACUAAUAAAGCACGAUGUAGUCAAUUAUAAAAUGUAAAACUAACAGAGAAACAAAAAGGAAAGCAAAUGGAAGGGAAUGCUAGUCAGGUGGAGUCACGCGGAGGCGAACUCAUAACAGUCACGGCUAACCUGUGCAGUGGAAUGCAUGAAAGGUUGUUUAAGGAUAGCAGGAGCACUUAGUGAGGACUGGCCAACAAUCACAUUGCGGGUUUUCAGCAAGAAAGCUCAAAGAUACUUCCAGGGAACAAGAGAAUGUCAAAGACACCGUCAAGCUCAAGUAAAGCACUAAUUACAAUUGAUAACCAUCUGCACCCCAUAGUUCCAUCAAACCAAAAUGAAGGGUUAGCAUUGAGCACCAAACAGGAAACAAAAUAAAAACACAAACAGAACUAAUAACAGAAAUCAGAGAGAUUUUAAAAAACGAGCAAUGGGCCACAUAUGGCCCCUUGGCCGCACUUUGGACACCAUGGUUUAGACGAUCAUGGGGGUCUUGAAAUGUAACCCAGGGGUUUUCUGUAUUUGUCCAUUAGCAAGACUAAUGAUGUCACAUGCUUACAUUAACCCGGUGCCGACAGUCCUCCAUCUACUUUCUAGGGUGCAUGCAAAAUGUUUAUCUCCUAGUUAUGGAAAUACAUCAAAAUAUAUGGUUGUUUCAUUGCAGAGCAGCAUAAAAUAUGCAAGUGUUCUAAUUGCUGUGAGGGUAGUCUGUGCUCAUAGUUUAAGAAUUUCCUCCUUUGCACAUUUUAAUAACUAAAAUAACUGUGUUUCGGUCCAACUGCACUUAAAUAAAUGCAGAUUAGAUGACUGCACGUGUAUAUGAUUUGGAACAAUGGCAAGAGCAAUUUAUAGGUGUGAAUUUUUUAGCCGAAACCAAAAAAGUCAGAACAUACCUGGAUAUGAAAAUUGAAAUGUUAACUCACCAGGGCGCACAGGGAGUGUCUUGUGUUGUGCUGAGCCCAGGUGGAUCAGCACGUGUGAGAAGGAGGCUUCAUUUCUUAUAUAAUGCCAGAUGGUACCUCAGGCCAGUGAGCAUGAAAAUAAUCACCUCUGAAAGUCCAUCUGUGUCGCAAUAAAUAGUACACUGCGAAUUUUUUUAUGACAGGUUGUUGCAUGUUAAAACAGUCUAACUGCCUUGACUUCUUUGAGGUUUGUCAAUAGUGGUUUUGUUUUGUUUUUACAAUAUUCAUGCACACACAUGCACACACGUACACACACACACACACAAAGCAACGAGGUCACUGUUUAUGCAUAAGUUAUGCACCUGGCACACAGUUGGUGACAGAAAAUGGUGCGCAUUUGCACGAAAUGGCCACGCGACCGCACAACUUAUUUACACCUUGUCAAGUGCUGUUUAUGUCUAGUGUACGACAUAGCACGCACAACACGCAUUGUUGCCGCAUGGUUAUGCAUUGUCACCACCACUUCCGGCAUCCAUGAAGCAGUCGUGGCAUUAUUUGGUCUCGCGUGACGCCGCUGUACAACACGUAUCACUCCUAGCUUCAUUAAUUUGCAAGAGAAGAAGCUCUUAUUGCAGGAAAAAAAGGUAUGUCUAUAUUAGCUUGCACACUGUAAAAUACUACCAGGAUUUCAGGGAAAUUAUGUGUGACAGGAAUUUUCAAUAUUUCAAAAUUUUGUUUCCACACCAGCACGAAGCCCUGCACAGUUUACACAAACUUCACAGCUGUUUAGGACAAAUCUACUCAUUGGCAUGCAAAAUUGCGUACCACUGCGUGAAAAAAAAAAGAGUAAACGUGUUUUUUUCAGAAAUGUAUUCAGUAAUAAAUGAUCGCUGUUUUCUGGUAGACUAUUAUUAGUUAUUAUUAAACAGUUAUUAUUGAACUGUUAUUAUAGCUAGCUCGCAGCCGUCUGGAGUCCCUGCAGCAUAAGAGUUGCGCAAUGUGUUGUAAACAAUGAAUAACAGGAGUCUAAAGGUGAAUAUAGGUGCUAUUUCAUGUCUACAUGGCGCUAAUAAUGUUAAAAACCCAUAUUUAGAAAGUCAUAAACAGGUUUUCUAUUCUCUAACUACUAAAAAAUAUUCAAUUUAUUAACAUUGAAAUCUAUAUCGCAGAAAUUCAUUUAUCGCAGUGGGGUCUGGAAACGACUGUACAUAGUUGUACUAAUGGAAAAGCACCAAGGUGCCAUGCCAAGUAGGUAGCCCUGUCUUCUCCAGGCACAGCCAGGACAUUGAGGGGAUAUGGUUUGGUGGCUGCAGGAUUGGGUCUCAUCGGGCCGUGGUCUUCAGCUUUUUCUGGAUUGGCUCACAGCCGAGUGUGAAGCAGCACCUCCAAGUCCGAGUCCAGGACUCAUUCAGGACACGUGGGAGUCCCACCAGUAGGAAGGAAGAGCCGGGACACGUUGGAGAGACUGUUUCUGUCAACUGGCCUGUCAAUGCCUCAGGAUUCCUGGGGAGGAGCUGGACGAAGUAGCCAGGGCUACCCCUGUGACCGACCCUGGCUAAGCGGAGGAAGAUUGAUGGAUGGCUUUUCACAGUGACUGGGUUUGUGAUGCAGUACUUUAGUGCCCUCUUGUGGCAGUAAUUAUUCUUUUCACCUUACCUCGUGGUGUGUGGGUAUUUUGGUGUUAUUGAAGAUGACAUUUAAAGUACAAAUCGAUUUUUUUUAAACAGCAAUAAUUACAGCCUCAGAGACCCAAACGUAAUUCCAUGUUGCAUAUGCUUAUUUUUUUUUGUAACUAAGCUUUUUAAAAUUGUUAUUACUUACUAAAAAGAGAGAUCAUUCCAAACUGUUCUGCGCCAAAAAGCCCUUGGCAAACACGGGUGGCUGUGCCAUUGUUCCUGUGUGCGUUAGCAUUGUUGAACACUGUUCAUAUACUUCAUUUGUUCAGCAGUUUUUUUGUGCACAUGGUGAUUACUAAGCACAUUGUGGUGUUUGGUUUGAGUCGUGUGUUUCUAUGGAUGGAUUGUUUUGUAACCUGCUGCCAAAUACCAUCCCAAAAGCUACAGAUGGUUAUUGUUGUCUUUUCUUAGCAUUCGGUUGCUUUUGGAUAGUCCAAAAAUGUUGGCAUCAUAAGCUUCUUUUUUGUUCAUUGAAGCUAUGUAUUUAAACCCCUGUUACAGUACUGAUUGGAUUGGAUAAUAACCAUUUAUGUGUAAAGUAAAAUGAUGGGGGAUAUACCACAGAUCACUGGGCCUUCAUGGUAAAUGUAUUCCUUAUAUGAAAAUAACUCAGCUUUAUUCGCUUUUGUGCUUAGUACCGCAAAUGAACUUUGAAUUGAAAGAAAGAACACGUAGUCCAUAUUCAUUUUAAAUCAUAGAAACAUUUGCUGAGUGGCCCAUUACCAUUGAUGCUAUUAUGACAAAUUCCAUAGUAACAGUUAGCAACUAGCAUGUAGCAUUCUCCUCCAGUUUAAAAACUUACACAGCUAAACAAGCCGAAUUGACCAAAACUACGCUCUACUGUUUUGGAAGAGCAGUGUUUAGUAGGGGCGUCAUAAUACACUUAGCUCACGAGACAAGCCGUUACACAAUAUGGGGUCCAUGAGAACGAGAAAGAAGACAUUCUUUUUAAGAAAAUAGCGAUGACAAAAUAUACAUAGGACUGGACAAACUUUUUUAUGUAAGUGAGCCACAAAACAAUGCAGGUACAUUUGAAAUGUUUUAUAACUUGUUUUAGAGCCCCUCGUCCUUCCUGUUCUGCUACACCAGUUCACACACAUAUAGGUCUAUGGGGGGUGGUCCACGGUUGGGCGUGGCGGGGGGGGAGUUGCCUUGCGGCGGCUCCUUUGCCCCUGGCAUCCCUCUGACGCUGUCGCCCCUCAAUUUUAAUCGCACAAUAGACACUUAGGGUUUGGGGGGGCUGGGUAGGUGAGGGGCCCACCAUACCUCAGCUGUCCCCCAGUUUUCAUUGCAUCGUUAGCUGGCAUCGUUAGGCGGCUGGUCUGCUGCUGGUCUCGGCUCUGGUGCUCGGCCUCCCCACGGCUUGCUGCCGUGCGGGUGUCGCCUGGCGCGGUGUGGUGGGUUGUCUUGCUGCUCGUCCGUUUGCCCGCCCACUUGCUCAUUUGCUGACUUUCUUCCUCGCCUGCUCCUCUGUCUGCCUAGCUGGUAAUGUCCUGCCGUUGGUAUGGCUGGGGCCUGGGAUUUCUUGCUCCCUGGUGGUCUUGCGUGGGGUACCUUGCGACGAAGCUUCCAGGUGUCAGGCGGUCGACCACGGUGUGUGUGUGUGGGUAUGUCUGCGAGCAUGCUGGCGCUUCUGCCGUUGCGGGGGUGUCUCUGGGCCUGCAGGUGUGUUGCCCCCGGUGGCCGUCUGCCCUUGUGGGGUGUGAUCUCCUGCCGCUGUCCUCCGGCCUGCCCGCGCCCUGUUUCUGGUUGGGAUUGCCUCUCUGCGGCCCCUUGCUGGUCUUCCCGGGUGAGGCGGGCUUUGUGAGCUGGCUCUUGGGGGGCUGGUCGUGGUUCUUCCUGCCCCUGUGGGCCCGGGGGCUUUCUGGUGGUGGGGGCUCAACCUGGCUGUGUGGGGCCGAGCUUGCCGGAUGGUGGAAGGCAGUCCCUCUCUUUUCAUGCAUUCUCAGUGAGUGCAUUCUCUCAUUCGUGCACCUUUUAUAUACAUGAAGACAUGCACACAUACAGAGAUACCUGUACACACGUACAUAUACACACUCAUAGUACACACGUACUUCACCACAUUACUCACUGAGUUAACCAGGGUGUUAUUAUAUUGUUGGUUUUAUUACAGUGACAGUGAUGUGGGCAAUAUGAUUAUAGUUUUUACAAUUGUGUGCAUUACAGUUAUUGUCAUUCUGUUCAUUAUCAUAGUUAAUCAUUUCAUUACUACUAUUACUACAAUUAUGUGUGAUUGUUUCAAUGCAGUAUUAUCAUUGUGGUUGUUGAUAUUUUGUCCUUUCCUUCAGGGUCUUUAUAGCCGUCACAGACAUUUGCUGAUGUAGUCCUGUUUGUUUCUGUUGUUUUGUUAUUGUUGUCACAAUUGUUGUUGCUGCUGUUGUCCUUGUCUCUGUCUUUGUUGUCCCCCUCUUGUCCCCGCACUCCCCCCUCUGCUUUCUUUUCUCUUCUUCUCUAUUCCCUCCUGCUCCAGUCCGGCCGCUCCAAAUUUGUAUGACAAAAAAACAUAAAAGUUAAAUACAUUCUAACAGAGGAAGUGUAUCACACUUUUCCCUGGCAGAGCAAAACAGCUGAGAACGUAAGGGCGGCUUUUCUCUUAAACGAGAAAUGUAGGUUAUGUUGUUAUAUGCUAAUUUAUCCUGCUAAGUUGCUAAGUUAUUGAAACAAAACACGAACAUCUUAUCUAUCUCUUAUAUGCUAAGCAAAGUAGUGUAAUAUCUAAUAAUAUAUCUCAUUCAUAAUUCAUUCAUUGCUGUGGGCUGAAAAUGGCUCCUGGGCUGCACUUUGGACACUCUGGUUUAAACAAAUUAUGCUUCGUGCAAAGUCAUGAUCAUCAAUAUUCCAGUAUAUUCACAAUAUUUAAAUGUCAGCUGCCAUAAACCCGAGUUGAAAGCAAUAAGAUGUAUUACUGCAUAACUAUAAACUGGGAAUAAAAACUAAUGUGCAUCCAAUACUGUCUGAUAUUUAGAGCUACAGUACGUCUGAAGCGCUGAAUUCAGAGAACAACAAACAGCAUCUAUGCAGGAGACUGAGACCCCAUCCACCCUACUACUCCUAUCCUUAGAGGCGAAAGCCAUGAUGUUUGUGAUCUGUUUAAGCUCCUUAUAUCAUAUAUACAAUAUGUUGGCGUUUUUCAUUUGACUUCCUCUGCAUGUUCAUAUUUUGUCCUUCUUUCAACAUUAAAAUAAUUCUAAAGAUAGGGUAUACUGCUUGUGGUUACAGGUUUCUUUCUUUUUUUUGCAAGAUAGGCAGUGAUAUAAUGACUAAGUGCAAACAAAAUGAGUCCAAAUUCCACAGUAGAGCACAAUCAGGAGGUUAUGCAAUCUCCAGAACAAGUGACAAGGGUUCAAAGUAAGUAGAACAUGCUGCAGCUGAAAUUUAAUUGCAUUGCUUUUCUUUCCUGGUAAAAAAAUAUAUUUACUGAUAGGAUAACAAAAGAACAACACCUGCACCUGAAUUCUAUAAUCCCCUGAUGUGAUUAUAGGGGGCUAAAAAGGCCACAUUGUGCUGGUCAUGCUAAGGAGAGGCAAUCAAACAUAGCGUCUUCUCUCAAUAGGGAAGUUGAAGACUACAUAACAAGAUCCCGAAACCAUUUUAAGUUUGAAUUCUGUGCCUUGUGGUAAUAUUUAUGGUAAUAUAUAAUAUUGACCCGAUGAAAAGACAAAGUAUACAUGAUACAUACACUCAAAUGGAAGCAACGUACAGUCUUUAUUUGACUUUUGUGAGAUGGGUGGACAGUUGCUGCUUCCUGUCAUAAAAUGCUUCCUGUCUUUGUAACAAAUUUGAGUAAUUUACCUUAUGGUGUUGUACAGGAUAUUUUGUCAUAACUGACAGACCGUUUCUUGUUAUAAGUAUGUAUAAAUCCACAUAUGUACUGUAUGUAUAUGUGUAUGUGUAUAUACUGUACAUGUAUAUACUGUGGUGUGAAAGUGUUUGACCCCUUCCUGAUUUCUGGAUUGUUUCCAGUCUUAUUUUUAUUUGUUGUUAUUAUUUGUAGUGUGGAAGGUACUGCCGUCAUUAAUUACUUACACGAGGAUCCCAUUAAUUAAAUGACACGUCUUUAUUAUGCAUACAGUCAAGAGUGAGGUUUGAGGUUGUGGGUUUGACUUUUGGAUCAUUUUGAGUCUUUGUAUUUUGUUUUGAUUAGGAAUUGUCGAUUAUCAUUAUUAACUGGUGAGGAGCGCAUUACUGUCAUUCUAUGGUGCAGGUAUGUUGCAUGUAUGUGUGUGCAUAUGCAUAGAAUCCUACCGUGCCUCACGUUACCUCUUCCUAUCUUGCCAGAGCAGGGGUGUUCAGUUCGCACGCUCAUCACUUUCGUUGACGCAUUUUUAGGUGUUAGUGUUUGUACGCUGUUACUAUCUUUAGCCUAUUCAAUGAUAAACCUUCCCUGGUGUGUACAUAUGGCUCCCUAAGCUUCAUCACCGCCACCCUGGUUCUGAGGACACAAAUUCAAAUGUUUUCACCCAGCUGAGAUAACAGCAUGUAUGACGUUAGUGGUCAUACUGUGUAUCUUUGUGGUGCUGUUAGGAUUCUAACAGACUGUGCCAGCGGCAAACCUGCUGUCCUUUGGACUCUUUCAUCAGUGUCCAGUGGGUGAGCUCUUCCUCCCCAGAGCUGUUCAGCCCAAGAGAGAUCCAGCCAAUCAUCUCCUUACGUUUCAUACUGCGCUUGUUGUAGACAGAGAGGAUGAGCGUGACAUCCGAUAGCUGGAAAAGGGAUACCUGGAAGACAAACGUCUCUUUGUAGGUCAGGUUGGGUUGGCACAACACAUACAGUAAAAAUGGACAUAUUUCACACAUAGUUGCUAAUGGUGAUUAAUCAUGAUUAAUUAUUAUACACUGUGAUUAAUCUGAUUCCAAUUUUUAAUAAUUUGACCGGCCUAAUAUAUAUACAAUAUAUAUAUAUACACACACACAACAAUAUACAGUAUACAUAGUACGGCAAAGUGUGCUAUUAAUGAUUUUCUUGGCGACAGUGGUCCCACCUCCCUUGAGAUCAUUAACCGGCUCCUCCCUUGCAAUUCUGGCGCAUACACAAAUUGCACUACUUGGAAGCAAAACUAAUUUGGAUUAAUUAGCAGACAGCAGCAUGUGAAACAUAAAAUCUUUCUCUCAAAUAGACGCCAUGCUUCAUAUCUGUGAUUGUCAUGGGUAUCAUUAUAGGUAUGUUUGCCCAAAGUCAGCUGGGUUAGGCUCCUGCAACCCUGAAAGAAAAAGCACUAGAAAAUGGAAGGAUGGACUUCAUAUAGAUGCCUGAUAUUCUCUGCAGUUUGAGGAAAUACAUUGUGUUGAAAAUGGUGCAUGCUUCACAAUCUAUACAAUCGGACUAGGUUUUGUGCAUGUACCUAUCCCACUAGUGUCCCUUGAGUGUAUUGCAUUCAUAUUGUGUGUACGUUCAUAUAUAAAUGGCUUUGUGUCUUCAGUGCUGCAAUAUGAGUUGUUAUUGAUGUACUGUGUAUGUACAUUUCAUUCAACACAUACACUAUUGCUACCAGUAAAUUACAAGUCAGUCUACCAUCGUGUUUGAUUUGGUUACUUCCUGUUUUUUGUUGUGGUUAGAACAUAUUUACCAAUCUGCAUACAAGAUUUUCUUGACAAAACACAGUUAUUGAGUGGGAAAAAACCAUCAAGAAAUAUGUGCUAUCAACAGAAGAUGAGAUCAUAAACAAUGUUUCUCUUUCCUACUGACUUAGCGCUGGUGGUAGGAGUGUCUCAUUCGACUUCCUGUGAUUGUUGUUUGUCCAUUUCUAUGAGUUUAAACAAACACAGGAACUGUCUUCAUUCAGACCAUGUAGAUCAGGAGUGUCAAACUCAUUUUCAUUGAGGGUCACAUCACAGCUUGUCACAGUGAAUAUACUGUACAGUAUUGUACAGUAUCUCCUCAUGAUAUUAUUACACAAUUGUCCGUGUAUGUGAUUAUUAUUAUAACAAAAAAUGCAUGGAAUAUCUUGUUGCUUGAUAACGUUUUGAAGAACUGCAAUUGCAUGCAGUGCAAUUUUCCAUCAAAACAACAAAAUUACAUUUAGCAAGAAAGAUUAAGUAUUUAUUGACGCUCAUUGCUUCUAGGUUUUCAAGGGCCGCAUAUAAUGAUGUGCCAGACUUAGACCCUAAGUCAUGAGUUUGACACCGGUCACCUAGACGGUCCAAAUCACUGGUGCACAUGAAGAAACACUAGCCACGUUACUAAUGCAAAUGAAGCACAUAAUACAGGACAUUUCCAUACACAAGACCUUGCCUGCUGCAUCGAGCUAAUAGUAGCUAUUUGUACUUGGAUAACAGUAACUUGCUAGCUUUUAAAAGAAUCUUCAGUGCGAAGGACGACUGCAACAGGAGUACUACAGCAAUGUGUUUUAACAAGGAUACAAAAACGCUACAGUACAGCGGAAAAGCACCAGGAUGAAAAGGCACAGUCACAGGAGUGAAAUACACUACAAUUUCUUGUGUCCGACCAGUAGGUUGGUCAUUAAAAUUCAAACGAAGCUUUGAACUUCUUUGAGAAUGUUUAAACAAGAGAGAAAUGUGAGAAAAUGUUAUUGCCUGUCCUGAGAAAAGUGUAUAAAGUGUAUGGUGAGGGGUUUUACAGCCUUAAAACAUAUAUAAUAUAUAUAAAAAUCGCGAUAAACGAGGGAACACUGUAAUAGGAGUGUACAGGUGACUAUAGGGGUGUUAUUUCAUGUCUGUAGGGCUUAAUGUUAAAAACCAUAUUUAGAAAGUCAUAAACAGGUUUUCUGUGCUCUAACUACAAAAAUAUUAUGUUUAUUAAUAUUGAAUCCUACUUCACGGAAAUUCACCAAUUAAACGCGAUAAAUGAGGGACAACUGGAUAGACAAUCUAUCUCUCUACU